GACUCGGCUCUCUGAUUCCCCGUAGCGUUCAGUCAGGGCGCUACAAUUGUCAGUUAGUGUGUCCUGUCGUGUGUUUUUCCGUUUUGUUUUCGGCUCCAUGUUGAAGUUUCUUUCGCAGACCCGUCGUCGCAUACACUGUCAGCGCACACCACACCGCUCUCACUCCACUCCGCACGUACAGUACACACAGACACACUCGCGUAUAGCCCUCGCCUUAUUUGCACUAGCGCGGGUCAUUUCAGGUUAAACCCUGGCGCUGUGUCCCGUUCAGUUUAGCCGACGGAGAUCAACACUGAUUCCAGCUGAGGAGGAAUGCACGGGCACUGAGACUCCAAGUGAUAUCUGGAUACGAGCUUUGUCUUGCAUAUGCGGUGUUUCUCUUGGGGAGCUCAGCAGCUCCUCAGUGCUGCCCGCAGUCAGACUUCACCACUUCCUCUGCUAGGUAGGUACCCAGAUGUCUGAGGAGGCUCUGAGGAUGACGUCUUGGCCCUGAAUCCCACCAGUAUGUCAGAGCCAGCAGAAAAAUGCUCCCCCCGCUGGAAAGAUGAGGCCAUUCAAAAUGGGUACAUACCAAGUUACCUGGACAAGGAUGAAUUAUGUGUAGUGUGCGGGGACAAAGCCACGGGCUACCACUAUCGCUGCAUUACCUGUGAAGGUUGCAAGGGGUUCUUCAGGCGGACCAUCCAGAAGAACCUCAACCCGACCUACGCUUGUAAGUACGAGGCCAAAUGCGUCAUCGACAAAGUGACCCGGAACCAGUGCCAGGAAUGUCGCUUCAAGAAGUGCAUUGCGGUGGGAAUGGCAACAGACUUGGUGUUGGACGACAGCAAGAGGCUGGCCAAGCGGAAGCUAAUCGAGGAGAACCGGGAGCGCCGUCGGAAGGAGGAGCUGCAGAAGACGGUGUGGGACCGACAGGAGCCCACCCAGGAGGAGUGGGACCUCAUCCGCAUGGUGACUGAGGCCCACAUGGCCACGAACGCGCAGGGAAACCACUGGAAGCAGAAGCGGAAAUUCCUGGUCGAGGAAGCAAUGCUUCUUAAUGAAAUAACAUGUAAUUUAUUCUAUACUUCUGACCAGAGUGCAGCGGGGGUGAAGGAAACUAAGCCUGAGGAUAAUGGUCAAGCGUCCGUGGCUAAUGUGCCCGAAGGAAGCAAAGUGGAUAUCGAAGCCUUCAGUCAGUUUACAAAAAUUAUCACCCCUGCCAUAACCCGAGUGGUGGACUUUGCCAAAAAACUGCCUAUGUUUUGUGAGCUGCCUUGUGAAGACCAGAUCAUCCUGUUGAAAGGCUGCUGCAUGGAGAUCAUGUCACUGCGAGCUGCUGUUCGCUAUGACCCGGAGAGCGAGACCCUCACACUCAACGGCGAGAUGGCGGUAACGCGGGGCCAGCUUAAGAACGGGGGCCUGGGCGUAGUCUCGGACGCGAUCUUCGACCUCGGCGUGUCGCUGUCCUCUUUCAACCUGGACGACUCUGAGGUGGCUCUGCUGCAGGCCGUCAUCCUGCUUUCAUCCGAUCGUCCGGGCCUGAGUAGCGUGGAGCGGAUCGAGCGCUGCCAAGAGGAGUUCCUCCUGGCCUUUGAACAUUACAUCAACUACCGCAAACACAAAGUGGCGCAUUUCUGGCCCAAGCUGCUAAUGAAGGUGACGGACCUGCGGAUGAUCGGCGCCUGCCACGCCAGCCGAUUCCUGCACAUGAAAGUGGAGUGUCCCACCGAGCUAUUCCCUCCUCUGUUCCUGGAGGUGUUCGAGGACUGACCAAUGGAUCUUAUUGUAUGACCGUGUGCGUGCGUGCCUGUGUGUAUGUGUGUGUGUGUGUGUGUGUGUGUACUGUAUGUAUGUAUGUGUGUGUGUGUGUGUGUGUGUGUGUGUGUGUGUGUGUGUCAGCGCCUGGGCACCCUGGUGGUCUCAGGGGUGGAACCAGCAGAAGGCCCGUCACAAUGAACUUUCUAUUAGCACUACUGAGUGUCACUUCAUUCCAUAGUUUAGGAGUAGCUCUCUGGUCUAGUUUGGAACAGAACCAUUCCUUACAGUGCGGGUACAAGUGAAUAGCCUUUUGGUUUUUGUUUCUUUUUUCUGGUUUGUUUUGUUGUUAUUGUGGAUAUAACCUCUCACCUCGGAUUUUACUAUAGGAUAUUUUUUUUUUGUGUGUGUGUUGAUGAUUGUACAGUUGGCAUAAUGGUGAUCUUAUCAACACUUGUUCAUCCAUUAGAAACCAUGUAAGUGUAUUUUUCUUCCUUUAUGUUGAAAAACUCAAAAUGGCUGCUCACCCGAUACACAAAACAAGACAUCGUUAGCGAUCUGUUUGCCUUUCCCGCCAGCCGCUUGACCCAUUUGUCGGUGAUAGUGUCUCGUGUCAUCCAGCCGGUGAGUGUCUGAACUGUUGAAUGCCUCACCACCUUACUGUGACCUGACCCACUGACAUCACAGCGCUCUUACGGACAGAAGCUUUUUGAAAGUCUCUCGGUAGCCACACUUAGCGAGGUGAAGUCAUAGUGCUGCGUUCCAGAGCUGUCAGAAAAAUACGACUUUUCACUGCGGAGAAGCAGCUCGUGUCAGAGGUCCGAGCAAGAAACUUCAGAGAACUUUGUGGGAAAUGUUUAAAGCCGCGGAUUUUAAACUUUCAGUAAAGAAUCAGCAUUGGCCUAAGAUCGCUACUGUGCAAUGCUAGCUGCAAGCAUUGCUAAAUGUUGUAGACAUUAGCUGUUGCAGCAUAUUUUAGCCCACAGCAGGAAAAAAAAAAAAAGCCCAACCAGUAUUUUUAAAAGGACGGAAGACGGUGGUAUUCUGAAAAGCACGGGUAGAAUUUAGGAGAUUCAUUGUGGAAGCGUUUGAGCUGGAAGCUAAAUAAAUGCGUAGAGCAUUUAACAGACACCUAAGAACAAUCUGUAAAGUAAACUAAGCUAAAAUUAGCUUCAAUCUGUGAUGGAGAACAUCAAACCAAACCUCUUUCUGGAGGGUCAUUUAAUUUCAACUCAUUGUUGUGAAGUACUGAGGACAUAAAACAGCUUACUAGUGAUCUGCACAACACAAGACAACUAGUGGGUUAAUAACAGACCACAUGUCUAUGAGGCACAUGCUGUAUGUGUAUUGAUUUUUUUUAAAAAAAAAGAAACUUAAUAUAUGAUCAUAGAUUGAUAAUAUAUCAAAUAUUGUAUAUUAUAAUAAUAUAUUCUAACAAUCAAUUCUAUCUUGAUCCACUGGUUCAGAGCCACAGUGAAAGGAACGCAGCAGUAGCAUUGAUGUCAGGAACUAGUCAGGACUAACAGAAGCACAUAAUGGCACCGAUGUCAGGAAACGACAAUCACUCCUGUUUUUGUGUAACAAUGCCACAUGUCGUGCCAAAACCAAGUGACUGAUGCCCUCCUCGUUAAUUCUUUCUUAGCAAUAUGAACAUGUGACCGACUGUGUUAGGAAGCAGUUUUAGUCCACUAUAGCAGCUUUGACCACACAACCAAUGAGUUUUAACGUUUCAUCCGGGUCACGUUGCCUCACAGCCCCACAUCCGAUUACCUAGAUGAUUUUUUUUUGUUUGUUUUGUUGUUGUCUUUUCCCCUGACGUGGGGAGACUGUAUGUUUGGAAAAAAAAAAAAAAAAAGUGACGUCAUGGUGCUAUGGUGGGCUGAGGCGAUGGCUGAUUUAACUGUAUUAUUAUUUACACAUUUGUAAUACAGCCCACCACUCUCUUAUGAUGGCAUGCGUAUAUGCUAACACGCAAACAUGCACAUAUACAGUACAUACGGUGUAUAUGCAGCACAUACAGUACACGCGUGUAUUUGCAUACGCCUGGAUAACACGUGGGUCAGACCCCGCCACUGUGAUCAGUCAGUGGGAUACGGAGGCCAAGUGAACAUUGGCAGGCCCUGAGAACAGUAUGAUUCAUCAUCAGCACGGUACACUGAGAAAGCUGGUGAGAUUGUGAAAUCGUAGCGCCCUUUCCUCUCUUUAAUUUUUUCCAGAAUGUUCUCUUUUUGUUGUUGUUCUGAAAAGCCUCUACACGCUACUGUCCUUUGCAACAUCUGCUUUGUAUAUGUCGCUUUUUCAAGCUUCACACUACUCCUCAAAGACAGCUUGUGUUUUUUGUUUUGUUUUGUCUUGUUUUUUUUUCUCAUUUCUGUGAAGUGAUGCCUUUUUUUCAAAGCAAUAGACUUGCUGCAGUGUUUGAAUGACCCGGACCUCACACACACACCUCGCAAACUGUACAGACUCAAAUAAAUGCACAGACAAUCAGAGGGAGACAGUUGGAUGGGGGGAAGAAGUGGGCAGGCACCCGGGCUCGGGCGGUCUGAGGCGAAGCGCCGGGCCGUGCUGAGCCAGAGCCAUUUGGAAAAGUAACAUUGGAUACGUUUACAUGCACCCUGUUGUCCACAGCCCUGCUGAGGCCAUUGUUAUGUUAAGUUUUCUGCAGGAGCCUUUAGUGGUAGUGACCAUGAGCCUGCCUAGUGCCAUUAUUUAACAGAGUAGUCCUGGUAGGAAACAUUGACUAAACAUCAGCGUGAUGUCCUGUUCAUUGGUCCAGCGUUUACGCUUUUAGGUGAAUUGUCUAAAUGUUCGUGCGGAAAGAAAAUCAAAUAAAUCUGGUCCUUUGACGCAGCUAGUGCGAGGUUGCAUUAACGUAACAAAUGUUAAACUGACCCAUCGACUCGCUCUUAGACUAAUGGCCCUUUUCAGCCACACAGUCCUAGGAACUAAACUCAGGAACUGAACUGGGACCUAAUUGAGUCCCUUUGGUGCAUUUGUGCUCGCGUUGCCACGGCAUCUGAAGAACCACAAAGAUUAUUACGCGUUACAAAAUGAAACCCAGAAAGGCUUUAGAGCUUCUAAUGCUAUGACACACCAUCAUCUGUUGCGUGACUGUUUCGAUGUUCUACUUCUAAGUGACCACACUGAACCAUAAAUCCCUCUCAACCUGCUCUCUCUUACCUCUUUUUAAAUGUUUAAGACGUUCAGUCUCGUCUCAGGAAUUUGGCUGCAUGUCAUUGUUUAUAUACCAUCAACAUUAGAAGAAAUUCCCAUGAUGAGCCCCAGCCCAGUCACGUUGUCUCCACUCUGUUAGCUGUUGGGCCCUAACUUUACUACCUCGGGAGCCGGGACCGUUUAGUGGGCGCAGAGUGUGGCAGGUGAUUCGAGUCUGAAUCUAUGUUCCUGCAGUCGAAAUGGGACCAAAAAAAACUGAGUUUUUGUAAAUGUUUCUGGGUUCUUGCACUGGUAAAGGGCCAAGAUCGGAGUUCAAACUAUUGCAAAAAAUAAACAGAAUCAUUUUAAAGCUGCAUUAAUACAUUUUUUUUGUUGGGGUUUAUUUUUUUUGGACACUCAGGGGCACAGCAAACUGAUGGACAAUCCUGACAUACAUCGUUGAGGCUGGGCCAAUAGCGCACCGUCCAUUUUUUAAAGCUUAUUAACUCAAGUGGUGACUGACAUAGAAUGAUAAACUGAAACAUUAAAGCUGCUCCCUCUGACAGGUGGAGGAACUACACAAAGUUUGCAUGGCAACAUCGUUUUUUGCCCGCUCUUCUUUCAGCGCUCUCCUAUGAGGAAAAGCUCGACCAAUGAUAAGCAAUGAUAGCCGCCAUUGCUGGUUGGUACAGAAAGCACCAAUGUGGAAAUGUUACCACCACAAUGAACUUGUUUGGGAAAGGGCUUGAAUUUAACGGUUCAUUUAUUUGUAAAAAAAUCCCACUCUCCAGGAUCAAACUGCACAAGUCUAAAGCAGAGCUAGGCAACGAUUCUCUGAGGAGACCUGUUUCUCUUAAAGAUGUCACCGUCUGUCCUGGCUAUGCAAGGCUUUCCUUGGCCACAGUCCCAGUGAAACACCGUGACCUGGUUGAGACAGGACAUUAUCCAGUUUCCUUGAUGUCUUCGUAGUGCUUCUUCUUUUCUGUAGUUUUUCUUUAGCUCUGGCACAUCAAGGUUUGUUGCUGUUAGGAGCAGCGGACUAGAGGGUUACCAGAACCAAACGCUCUACUGUUAGGAGUCUAACUAACUGACCUGUCGGACAUAAUUCAACGUUACUGGUGGUUCGGUGUAUGUUCUACCCACACUUUAGUUAGUGGUUUUUAGAAAGGCCUUUCUGUGUGACGUGACUUCUACGUUUCGUUGUUGUUGGAGCAGCAUUCUUGUUGCUUUGCUAGGCUGUAGAAUUGAAUUUGAGUCGUAUCCAAAGCCCGACUGCGCAGGCGUCCCUAGGUUCUAACAGGUAGAUGUCUAUGAGAUGGGUCAUCCUUCUGGAACAGUGGCAGAGAAGUUUGAAGAUCGCAUUAUAACUGUUUCCCAGGCCAGAACGAAAAAAAAGAGGCUUCCCUCAUCUCCAGAUACAUGGUGGACGAACUUACAAUAUAUUAGAGGCCGAUAGAUGGUUUCUGAGUUCAGAACACUGGACUUGGUGUAAUUGUUGCGACUUGGGGGCACAAAAAGAGGAACCAGUUUACUUUUCCUGGCACAUGUGGAGCCAACACAAGCUACAGGUGUCCCUGUCAACGAAACACAACUCUCUCUACAACAAAGAUGAUGAUCACAUAAAAUUUAAAAAGAAAGAUGUUAGUGCAGCUUUAAAUUUUGAGAAAAUCUUGCGAGCCUGUGAUACAUAUGGUUCCAGUUUUCCGUAGGCUGCCUAUGAACACAUUACCCACAGCCCCAUGGCUUCGUACGCAGAGCUGCCGGUGCAUGUAAACAUAGUCAAUGCUACAUCUGCUGAUUCAGAACAUGUUUACCGAUGAGGUGCCAGUACGUUGUUGUCUCUCCCAUGAGUUGUUACGUUAAGGUUUCUCAGUUACAAACUAAUAACAAUUGCACAAUAGAAAGGCUAUUUUACAGUACAAAGGAGAAAGGAUGUAUAUUUUCAGACUGCAGAUUUUUUUACAGAUGUUGUUAGCACAAUAGAAACAUGAUAUUGUUUUUUUGCAUAGUGUUAAAAAUACAGUAUCUACAGCUCUCAAAUCCAUUUCCACAUCUCUAAAAUAAAUAAAUAAAUGAAUAAAUAAAUAAAGAUAGACAUAAGGGUCACAAACACACAGAGACCAGUGCAGCGUUAGUUUUACAGUACUUAAAAACUCAACUGCAACAGUAGCUGGGCCUCACCGUCAGAACCAGACCGCACGGCUACACAUCAGCACUUCUAGAUGCAACCUCUUGGUCAAAGUGUAACCAUAAUCAGAGAGAAAGUCAUCCACCGUCAACACAGAGUUCUCUCCUUGUGUGUUUGAGUGUCUCCUUGUCCAACUCAUCCGUUCAACAUGUACUGGAAAAACCAUCCCAGAGAGAAAGGGAGUGAGGUGACGUGUACGUAGGUGUUGGAGCGAAUCUGUGACAGCAAGAGCAGAGCACGGCACGAUUCUCUGCGAAAAGACUUUUUUACCGGACACCCUGUCCAGUAAUCCAUCGUCCAGCUCUGGACGGUGCUUUGAGAAAACAUUGAGCACGGAGGACUUCCAGAGGAGGAGAUCAUUGGUGCUCAUGAUGGACACUGAUUGCAGCUAAUGUGAAUUGGCUCUUAAGAAUAAAGAUGGUUUUGAGAGAA